AGUUGGCAGGGUCCUUGUCAGGAUUCUAUAAGUCCUUAGACUGAGUCAGUAGGUUUGUCAGUCAGGGGUCAGAGUCGACGUGGUGAGGUUUGGAACCACUAACCCGGUUGUACACUUAUCACCAUGGUUGAGACCCGUAGUGGGUUAGACACUAGCCCCUACAGCAAGGACCAGCAAGAAAAGAUGGCCGCCUUAGUGAGAGAAAACAGAGAGAGGAAAGAGCGCGAGAAGCAGGCAAAGCUAAAGGCUAUUGCAGACGAGCAGGCGGCAAAGAUGAAGGAAAUAGAGGAGGAGAUGGAGAAAAAGAAGAAGGCUGCUGAAGAAGAAGCGGCAGCAGAAGAGGAAAAAGAGAGAAUGAGGAUUGAGAAUGGAGAAGGCAGCAGUGGUGGCACGAUAAAGAGGGAUACAAAUGUUGAGCUUGAGAAGAAGAUAAGCGAGUCGGUCACUAAUUUAUCGUUGGGAGAGGACGAGGAGGCGGAAUCUUAUGUGACUCAGGAUGAGAGGGCUGCGCUAGCCAGUGAGCUAGCAGCAAUGACGGAUCCAAUGGAAUGGCGAGAAAGGGAGGAGGAGCAGAAAUUGGCGUGGAAGCUGAGGAUGAAGAGGGAGAAGAAGAGGAGGAGAGAGGAAGUGAGCAAACUGACCGCAGAGGUGGUAAGGGUGCAAGAAUGUAGAAAGGAAGUGUUGGCCCAACAUGAUGACAAGGCCAAGUGGGACAAGGUGUUGGGUUACCUGGAAGUGUUGAACAAGGCCUGGAUGGAGGAGCGCCAGGCUAGUUGGAGCCAGGAUGUAGCCUUGAGUGACAUGCGGUCAGGGUUUAGGGAGUUUUCGCGCGAGAUUGUCGCCCACAUUGGGGGCGAAGUAAAGCAAUUGAGGGACAACGUAGGGAAGUUCUGUGAAGGCGCCAUUGAAGGUGCAAAAGCCAUAGCCGCUGUAGAUGGCGAGGCUAGACCCCGUAAGGAACCAGUUAAACUUAAGUUCCCAGAUGCGUACGGGGGAAAGAAGGAGGAAAACUUUGACAACUGGGAAGCCAGUGUCAACAGUUAUAUAUACCAACAUCACAUUCUGAGUGAGGAGCAAGUCCUCGUGGCCUUCCAGGCCCUUAAGGAUGAGGCGGCUAGUUUUGCCAGGUCCCUUGCGCGCGCAGCCGGUUGUGAAAACAACCUGGUUGCUUAUUCAAGAGUCACCCCCCUGCCUCAAUUCUUCAAGCUCCUGAAGGAGCGAUUCGCAGACCCAACGAGAGGCGUUCGCGCCUCUGAUAAGCUACAAACGAUCCACUCGCGACAGUGGAGGAGUGCAAGAGUGCUCAAGGGUACCAUGGACGACUUGGUAGCCGUCCCAGACCAUGGGGUCACUAAGACCCAAUUGGUCGAGUUAUUUUAUCGUGCCAUGCCAGAGACCCUACGGGGGCAUUUCUUUGACAAGUCUCAACAGGCCGGCAUCACAUAUGAUGCAUUGAGUAGAGAAGUCAUCCUGUAUGAGUCGAAGUCCAUGCCAGUGACCGCUUUCUGGCACAAGGACUUAGGUAAAGGAAAGCAGUGGAAGGGUCGUACCAUCUCAGGCCAGGUGAGGGCCAAGGAUCACAUGAUCCUUACGUUAGAGGAAGGUGGUACUGACGAGGUCCCAUACAGUCAGAUUGAGUGGGGCCUAGAGGAGGACAGUAGUGUGGGAUACGCGGCUGGAGGGAGGCCGCAAGGUAGAGGAGGAGGUCAGGGCCAAAGGGGCCAGGCCAUGGGAGGCCAAGGACCGGGCGCACAGGGGGUUGGCGGCCAAGGAAACCGCCAACUGGGAGAUCCAACCAUAGCCAAGCUGCAGGAGGAGUUCAAAGACUUAACUGAGUCGCCGACAGGAGUGGUGCCGCGACCCAUCCAGCACAUGAUAAAGAUAAAGCUUGACAGUAGAACUCCUAAGGGUCCAGUUUACAGGAUGUCUCCUAGAGAGUUAGAGGAGUUGCGCAAGCAGUUAGACGAGCUCCUCGAGAAAGGUUGGAUCAGGCCCAGUUCGCCUCCUUUUGGAGCACCUGUCUUGUUUGUCCCGAAGAAGGAAGGACAACUAAGAAUAUGUAUAGACUAUAGGGGUUUGAAUGCAAUUACCAUGAAGAAUGUUGAGCCACUGCCUAGGAUAGACGAUCUUUUAGAUCGGGUGCAGGGUUAUAAGUAUUUCUCCAAGAUAGAUUUGAAGUCCGAUUAUCAUCAGAUAGAGGUCCAUCCUGAUGACCAGUACAAGACUGCGUUCCGGACUCGUUAUGGGCACUAUGAGUUCAUAGUGAUGCCCUUUGGACUGACCAACGCGCCAGCCACAUUUCAGCGUUGUAUGAACGAUCUGUUCAGACCAUGGUUAGACAAGUUUGUAGUAGUCUAUUUAGAUGAUAUAUUAGUUUUCAGUAGGACCCUCCAGGAGCACCAGGGUCAUCUGAGGCAGCUCUUGGAGAAGCUACGAGAGGCUAACUUCAAGAUCAACGCAAAGAAAUGCGAGUGGGCCAAGACACAAGUCCUGUACUUGGGCCACGUGUUGGAUGGAGAUGGCAUUAAGCCAGAGGACAAUCCGUCUUUGCCAUUUGUCGUCACCACGGACGCGAGUCAGUAUGGAAUAGGCGCCGUGUUGCAGCAAGAUGACGACAAUUGUUAUAGACCCGCAGAGUUCAUGUCAGCGAGGAUGCCCUCAGAGAAGGUAGUCACCUUGACGUAUGAGAGGGAACUCUACACUCUCAGGCAUGCUUUAGAGCACUGGAAGCAUUAUCUGCUUGGGAGGCACUUCAAGGUAUACUCAGACCACGAAACUCUUAGAUGGUUAAAGACCCAGGCCAAGAUGACACCUAAGUUGACUAGGUGGGCCGCGGAGAUAGACCAAUAUGACUUUGAGCUUAAGCCAAUGAAGGGCAAGUACAACAUAGUUGUGGAUGCUCUAAGUAGAAGAUCAGACUACUUUGGAGCUAUAGUACACCAUCUGGAUAUAGGGAGAGACCUGCAGGAGAAAGUGAAGCAAGCGUAUGCGUAGGACCCUAUCUAUAGCAACCUCCUAAAGAGAGUUAGGGAGGCCCCAGAGACUGAGCCAGAUUACCGCGCUACAGAUGGGUUGUUGUUUGAGAACACUAAUGUGUUUGACCGCCUGUGCGUUCCCAAUAGCGAGGAGAUCCGCAGCCUGAUUUUAGGGGAAUGUCACGACAAAGAGGGGCACUUCGGUUGGCAGAAGACAUUAGCCAAUCUGAUGCGUGCGUACACCUGGCCAGGGAUGAAGAAUGACUGCAUAGAGUAUGCCCGCAGUUGUAAAGUGUGCCAGAGGAACAAGUCUACUACACGUGCGCCCCUAGGUCUUCUCAGACCCUUGCCUAUUCCGGAUCAGCCGGGAGGCUCAGUGUCCAUAGACUUUAUGGACACCCAAGUCAAGAGUAGGCAUGGCAAAAGCCAGGUCAUGGUCAUAGUUGACCGUUUUAGUAAAUAUGCAGUUUUUGU